GGUUUAUUACCAAGUUUUCACAUAUUAUGGAGUUUGCCUGUGUGUGUCGGUGCAUAACAAAUAACAUGGUAUGAGAAAAAAUAUAUAAAUAAAUAUGAAAGCAACUACUGCAAGUCAAGCAGCAUAAUUGACAAUAAUAUAUAAAAGGCUAAUAUGUACAAUACAAGCGUUAUUUUAAAUGUGCACAAGAUUAAGUAUAAAGAGUAUUUGCAAUGUGCAAGGUAACGUUAUUAUAACGUGUAGAGGGUGGGGGUAUAAAGAGUCAGUGUCAGUGCGGGUCCUGGGCCUGCAGAUGGUCUUCUUUAGAUGAUGUUUUUAAAUUGCUUGUUUUCUGUCCAACUGGUCAAAAUCCAAAAAUAUAAGACAGAGAAAAGCAGCAAAAUCCUUAGAUUUGAGAAGCUGCUACCGCAAAAUGAAUGAAUGAAUGAAAUGACUCAAAACAGUUAAUCAGGGAUCAUAUGCAUACAUAGUUGGCACUUAAUUAGAUUUCAACCAGCUACUCAGCUACUUUCAGCUCUACUCGAGUAUUUUCUGUCAUUCACAGAAUCAUCUCAUUUCUUCAAAUUGUAAAAAUAUCUUCAGCAGAUGUUUCUGUGUUACUUCCCUGCAGAAUGGAGAAUCCAGAGACCAGUCCAUCCCCGGGGCCGCUGGCAGUGCCAGACAGAGGCAUGGCGCGACCCUCGGCCCCCUCUGGUCAGCUGUCAGAGUCAGCCAGGCCCUCCAAGCACAGGGAGCACCCGUCCAAGUCACCAAGGAGACGGCGGAAGGGGACGAGGUCGCAACGGUGGGGGGAUGGUCACGAACAGCUGCUGUGGGAGGUCGAGCGGCGGAGGUUGCCAGGCCAACACGAGCACUUGGAGCCCUCUGGCUCGGCGAGCGACACAGCGGAAAGCUCUCCUAAGAGGAGAGCCCACUUUCUACAUGGACCGUAUCCAGCCACUCACUUCGGACCCAAAGCCUGUAUUCUUCCCAACCCAACUUCAGUCAUGCACAUUCAGGACCCAGCCAGCCAGCGGCUCACCUGGAACAAACCUCCUGUCAACGUGCUCGUCAUCAGGAAAAUCAGAGAUGAGAGCCUCGUCGAGCCUUUCAAAGAGCUCUGCAGGUUUCUAGUGGAGGAGAAGCAGAUGAUGGUGUACGUGGAGCGCAGGGUAGCGGACGAUGCUACGCUGUCAAAGGACGAGGCGUUCGGCUCCAUCCGCAAUCAGCUCUGCACCUUCAGAGAGGGUUAUGACGAUAUCUCUGACUGCAUAGACCUGAUCAUCUGUCUGGGUGGAGACGGGACUCUGCUCUACGCCUCCUCUCUCUUCCAGGGCAGCGUCCCUCCAGUUAUGGCGUUUCACCUCGGUUCUCUGGGUUUUCUGACGCCCUUCAAGUUUGAGUCGUACAAGACUGAAGUAGCCAAAGUGUUUGAAGGCAAUGCAGCCAUCACUCUGCGCAGUCGUCUGAAGGUGAAGGUGGUGAAGGACAUGCUUCAGAGAGCAGGCCAGCAGCCGUACGACCAGGAGACGCAGCAGCAGCAGCAGCAGCAGCAGGAACACAACGGACUUCCUCCUCAGGGACACACAAACAGCGAGGCUGGCAAGGUCACCCUGCAGCUACAGGGUUUUUGUGUCUCAUCAAUCAAAGACAGUGACGGAUUGUUGCGGUCUCUGAACCUGAGUUUGACCUCACAUUACAUCACGUCUGCUGUAUCCAGCGGGAUGUUUGCUCUGUGCACAGCUGACGUUUUGAAUGAGGUGGUGGUGGACCGAGGUCCGUCCUCCUACCUCUCCAAUGUGGACUUGUACCUCGAUGGACGGCUCAUCACCUCAGUGCAGGGAGACGGUGUAAUUGUGUCCACACCUACAGGCAGCACAGCGUACGCCGCCGCUGCAGGAGCCUCCAUGAUCCACCCCAACGUACCCGCCAUCAUGGUCACCCCCAUCUGCCCACACUCGCUCUCCUUCAGGCCAAUCGUCGUCCCAGCUGGGGUGGAGCUCAUGAUCACCUUGUCCCCUGAUGCCAGGAACACUGCCUGGGUGUCGUUUGAUGGCAGGAAGAGACAGGAGAUCCAGUAUGGAGACUGUAUCAAGAUUACUACGUCUUGUUACCCAGUGCCUUCUAUCUGUUGCCAUGACCUGGUGUACGACUGGUUUGAAAGCCUGGCUCAGUGUUUGCACUGGAACGUGCGCAAGAGGCAGGCUCGGCUGGCGGAUGUCUCGGACUCAUCAGACACGGAAAACUGAAUCGGCGUGUGGCCUACGUUAAAGACACCGAGCCGACGCUCUCCACAGCAGCUGAGUGAGUGUGAGUGUGGAAGUCAGGACUGUUGUGGGACAACCACAAGGUCACCCUGCAAACAUGGUUAUUAUAGAAACACUUGGAGAGCGAGAGCACGUGUCUACAGCCAAAGUAGUGUUAUAUUAGUCCUAAUAGCAUGUACAAUGAGCAUACUGUGUAUACAGUAUUUUAUACACUGAGUCAUACAUGUGAGUAAGCAUAACAUUCCAGUAAAAACACUUUUUUCUUUAGCUUAUAGGGAGAAAGCAUGUUUCUCAUGCAGUUACUUAAAUUAUUACAAUAUAUGAUACUCUGGGUGUUUUGUUGGACUUCAAUCCUCAAUGUGAUCAUCAGUGUGUCAGUCCAGGCGUUACUCGAAUAGACUAAGGACUGUAACUGUAAAUGUGUACAUACAGGAUUCUAGGAUACAUUUAUUUGAUGUCAUAUUUAUGUGAUAUUUAUAUAUUUUCAAGAUAGGAGCUUAAAAAGACGUAAAACUUCAUUUCUACUACUGAUUCAACCAAAGACAACUGUAUGUAAUUGUUCUGUACAAACAUAUUGACCCUUCCUAAGUCCCGCCCCUUUUCGCAAGUCUCAGUCAACUGUCUCCUUUCCUGUUCUUGGAUAUACACUUUGUACUAGGGUCAUACCUGCCAAAACUCCUGUUUUUUUUCCGGGUUUUCCCAUAUUUCAAGACCAUCUCCUCACUCCUUCCCGCUUUGUUUCUCCCAGCGAACUCCAGUAAUUUUCAGGGCCCUCAAACUUUAUUGCGAAUAAUCGUCGUACACAGAGUUUGUCCGACAUCACCCUUUUAAAAAACUUUUUUGAUCAUGAAGCCUGAUAAUAAAUAUAAUAUUCUGUAGUUUGUUAGUAAACUGCAGACUGGAGUCUCUCUUAAAUAGAUAUAGAUAUAAAUAGUUAAUAAUAUACUUUUUUUAUAUAGCACUUUUCAAAACAGCAGUUUCAAAGUGCUUCACAGUUAAAAACAACAAACAGAAUGAUCCAUAAAAACAAUAGUCCACAAUAAAAGCAAUAGAAAAACAAUGAAUUAUGUAUGUAUGUAUGUAAUGUAUACAUAUGUAUAUGUUGCUUUUAUCUUUUAACAAUCUUCUAACUGUGGUAGACGAGAGAGCGUAUUUAAAUACAGGAAAGGGGAAAGUUGACCGAGGUUCUGACUGAGGCUUGUUCAGAUGUUACUGGAGCACAGAGCAUAAAGGGGCGGGACUUAGGAAGGGCCAAUUAACCAAUCCAGAUCUGACUUUCUGCACAUUUUUAUUUUAUUCAUUACUUUUCUGCACAAGUUAAAUUCUGCAAGUCAGAUUGCAUGUUGUAGAACAAAAUAAUCAGUUGGAGAAACUUCAUGUUGUUUUUAUGAUCAUUAAACUGUGAAACUGUCCGUCUGUAGCAGAGCUAAAAUAAAAACACUGGCUAAUAUUGUCUAA